GACUCCCUGAAAAAUAAAUAAAGAACCAAACACUUUGAGAGAAGGAGACAAAAAGGAGAUUCAGUGUUUGUCUUUGACCUUGACAUAGUGGGACGUGUCCAGCGGAACAUGGUGUGUAAUAUUCACCUGGCAGGGUUCCAUCUGCCCCGAGGGGGGCUGCUGGUCCUGUUUUCACUCAGCUGCAUGCUGUUCUCGUCUCUGGCAGAGAGCCUUCCAAGUUUCAUCACAUUUCCUGUGAAUCAGACGGGCAUCUCGGGUGGAGUUGCUUCAUUUGUGUGCCAGGCCAGAGGAGAGCCAAAACCCAGAAUCACCUGGUUUAAGAUAGGCAAGAAGAUCAGCAGCCAGCGUGUUGAGGUAAUUGAAUUUGAUGGAGGUUUGGGGUCGGUGCUGCGGAUCCAGCCGCUGCGCGUAUACAGAGAUGCAGCCAUUUAUAAGUGCAUCGCCAGUAAUAGUGCAGGCGAGGUCAACGUCAGUGCCAGACUUGAAGUGCUGGAAGAGGACAACAUCCCCCACGAAUUUCCCUCCAUUGAUUUGGGCCCCCAUCUUAAAGUUGUUGAAAAAAACAGAACUGCCACAAUGCUGUGCGCUGCCAGUGGAAACCCAGACCCAGAGAUCUCGUGGUUCAAGGACAUGCUUCCUGUGAAUAUCAGCAGCAGCGACGGGCGCCUCAAACAGCUUCGCUCAGGAGCGCUGCAAAUUCAGAACAGUGAGAAUUCGGAUCAGGGGAAAUAUGAAUGUGUCGCCACAAACAGCCUUGGUGUGCGUUACUCUGGUCCCGCCAAUCUCUACGUACGAGUACGAAGAUUCCCGCCCAGGUUCUCCAUUCAACCCUCCAACCAGGAAGUGAUGGCAGGCGACAGUGUCAGUCUCACAUGUGUAGCAAUGGGCGCACCAUUGCCAUUUAUCAAGUGGACCAAAGGCCCGGUGGACCUGACCGAAGAAGACGAGAUGCCAUUAGGGCGCAGUGUGCUGGAGCUCACCAACAUUCAAGAAUCAGCUAACUACACAUGUGUGGCCAUGUCUAGUCUGGGCGUGAUUGAAGCUACUGUUCAGGUUACUGUUAAAGAACAACCAAAGCAUGUCGAGAGACGUGGGGCAGAGAGAAGCUGAAGUCCCUGCAGCUGUCCCCGGUCAGAACAUCCAGCAUCAUGUGUUAAAAUAGAGCUUUUCCACAUUUGCUAAUGGCAAAGGAUCUUAAUUCUUGAUCAAAGAUAAAUGAAAGUAUAAUAUGAAAAAAAAAUAUAAUAUGUUAAUAGAGAAAAUGGCUGUUCUAAUGUCUGAAUAUUAUGUGUGUGUGCACAUGAUCCAGCUUUGACCUCGGCAGUUCUGUGUCUGCAGGAAUGUGGAAGAUAAGAAAUGUGUCACCAACCCAAGAUUAUACAUGUUUUUGACUAAGAGUAUCAAGUGUAUUAAUGAUUAAACACAGAAUCACAAUUUAUGUGGUUUUACUGAUAUUGUGUUUAAUUGCUUGAUACUGAUAAAAAUAUAACCAGGUAUAAGUUUAACUGAUAUAAAAAAACUAAUAAUAAUAAGAAAAUAUAAUUUCUAAUGAUGAUUCUAAAAACAGGCCUGAAGCUGAGAGUCUGAGCUUGGCAUGUGUGGAAAGAUGGGAGAGAAGCCAAACGAUGUCUGACUUUACAAAUAUAUGAUUUAAUAAAAAUAAAUUGUUUUGAGUAUAUUGUGACCAUGAAACUGAGUUUUAAAGAAAAAGUAUUUCUAUACAACCUGAAUUAAAGGGAUUAUGCUUCAAUGAAAGUUGUUGUGAAAAUGUUCUGAUGGAGUCUAAUUGAAGAGCAAAUGGUAUAAACUGAAUGAAACAGGGAGUGAAGCAUAUCCAUAUUAGAGAUGGAGUGAUAACACUUUUUUAUGUCCGAUACCGAUGUCGUAAAUUUGGAUAUCUGCCAGCAUCCAUGUGAAUCUGAUACAGUCGAUUUUAUAUUCAAUAAAACAGAUUUUAAUGUCUUGCUA